AUGUUGGUAUCUCCCUCAAAUCUUCAUGCAUGCCUUCGACCUCUUCCUACCACUCCAUCCUCCUUCAUUGCAAUUGAUAUUACUGUUACCAGCCCUCCCGAAUCCUCUUGUGCCCGGCCUGCCCAUCAACCAAAAACCCUUUCCCAGGCCCAUCUCAAGUUGAUCCGAACUCUCCAAAGCGCAGGUGUCAUCCUUCUUCCCUUUACCGUUGAUCCAUUCCUUGGACUUGGCCCCUUUGCCCAAGCUCUCCUCUACGGUUCCUGUCACCAACCCUUCCCUCUCCCAGCACCCCCGUGGUUUGACAAACUCCCACCCCACUCCCAACUAUCCUACACUAACCUCCUUUCAGCCCCAACCGCCAUCCUCCCUACCACAGAUAAACACUUCGAAAUUACCACCAACUACAUGUACUCCAUCGACACCCAGCCCUACACACCGUCACGCUGGGCACACCAAUCACUCGCCCUCAAUAUUUCUACACACUUGGCCCAACAUUUUCAACGCGCCAUUACACAUCAAGCCAGAUCCCUGUAUUUCUCUGGCUCAUCUCCAUCCUCAGUACUUGCCGGCCCAUAUACCUAUGUCACGUCCAGAACCCCUGGAUUCUUCCCGCACUUUCUACAAGCGGACGUUACCUAG